GCUUCUCCUCGCUUCUCCGCCUCUCCGCCUCCGCUUCCCCCUUCAGUCUCGUCUCGUCUCGUCUGUCUCUGGCAGACAAUCACCCCCCCCACAAUCCAUGCUUGCCUCGCGCGCUGCAGCUCGAUCAUGCUGCCGCCCAGCUAGAGCCCUGACAACCCCCACAGUCCUCACCGCCCCCCGUCGGUAUCACGGUCUCGCGCAGAGCAGGCUCUUCAGGGUGUCUGACGAGGUUCGCGAUGCAGUGGCCACCGGAAAGCCCGUCGUGGCGCUGGAGUCAACAAUCUACACUCACGGAUUUCCCUAUCCCGAGAGCGUCGCGCUUGCAUCAUUGCUGGAGUCCGUGGUCCGAUCCAAUGGCGGAGUUCCUGCUACAGUCGGAAUUCUCGGGGGCGAAGCUCGGGUUGGUCUAAGUGCCGCCGAGCUCGUCGAGCUCGCAUCCACCGCAGAGAAGAAGAACGCCCUGAAAGUGUCCCGGAGAGACCUCGGUUACAUUUGCGGUCUGGGUCUAACUGGGAAACGUCUUCAUGGUGGAACAACAGUGUCGGGUACCAUGGUGCUGGCUCACUUGGCUGGGAUCAAGGUGUUUGGGACGGGGGGGCUGGGCGGCGUGCAUCGCGGGGGGGAGAAUUCCAUGGACAUAUCGGCUGAUUUAACCGAGCUGGGACGAACGCCGGUGGCCGUGAUCAGCUCCGGGUGCAAGAGCUUCUUGGAUAUCCCACGCACCCUCGAAUACCUUGAAACGGAAGGGGUCUGUACUGGAACCUUUGCUGAUGGCCGUCAAGGCUCCGUCGAUUUCCCUGCAUUCUAUACCCGAGAUAGCGGGCUGAAGAGCCCGAAGGUCAUCCAGGACGAGGCUGAAGCGGCUGCCAUCAUUUAUGCCCAAUCCCAGAUCCCGGUUUCCUCGGGUAUCCUUCUUGCUAACCCUGUGCCUCUUGAGCAUUCCAUCCCUCAGAAUGAGAUGGAUGCCAUCAUCGACGAGGCCAUUCGUCUUGCGGCGGUUGGGGGCCACCAAGGAAGCGAUAACACACCUUUUGUGCUGUCCAGAAUCAAGGAACUCAGCGGCGGCAAGAGUGUGGUGGCCAACCGAGCGCUGGUGGAGGCGAAUGUGAAGCGCGCAACCAAGGUGGCCGUGGAGCUUUCCAAACUGGAGCGGUCUGGGGGAUCGCGUAGCGAACGACAUAUGCCAGCUAUCUCCGGGACAAGUCGGGCUGACCAAGCGACUUCAGAGACAGAGCUGGAGCUCGAAUCAAUGAGUGAAGAUCCAGUUGAGCCCAUCGCCAAGGCGGACGUGCUUGUGGCGGGCUCCCUAGCCAUCGAUCUUGCGUGCGACUUUGCCCCGGCGGAAGCGCACGGCACCACGCCCGUCCUGCAAACAUCGAACCGCGCCGUGAUCGGACAGAGCUUGGGCGGAGUCGGACACAAUGUUGCCAUUGCAGCGAAAUACCUGGACAGCUCCGUGCUGUUCUGCAGCGUGGUGGGGGACGAUCUGAGUGGCCAGACCGCCCUGUCCAGUCUGCGUCAAGAGAAGCUCUCCACAGCCGGUAUCAAGGUUCUGCCGGCCUCGUCCGGGGCGCGGACAGCCCAGUAUGUGGCCAUCAACGAUGUCCGGAAAGACCUCGUCGUGGCCAUGGCCGAUAUGGCAAUCAUGGAACAGCCGCUGCAGGCCCUGGACUUUGACGGGUUUUGGGAGCCGAUGGUGGGUCAAGCGCAGCCGCAAUGGGUGGUAGUGGACGCCAACUGGGACCCGGAGGUCCUGGCCAAAUGGGUGGCUUUGGCCAAGCAGCAUAAGGCCCGAGUGGCCUUCGAGCCCGUCUCGACCGCGAAGAGCCGUCGCCUGUUUGGAUCGGCCAUCGGGCCGUCCGACUUUGUGCCCAAGCACACGGUGAGCGUCGCGGCUCCGAACCAGCUUGAGCUGGCGGCGAUGUACACGGCGGCCCGGGAGGGCGGGCUGUUUGAUUCGGAGGGGUGGUGGCGCAUCAUCGAUUCGAUGGGGAUGUCGUCGUCGGGCUCGAGGGACCGGCUGGUGGCGAUGACGUCGGGCAGCCUGGUGGACCAGGGCAUCCCGCAGCAAAGCAUCCAGCUGCUGCCGUUCCUCCCGUGCGUGGUGACCAAGCUGGGAUCGGAGGGGGUGCUUCUGGCGCAACUGCUGCAGCCGGGAGACGCGCGGCUCACGAGCCCGGAGUCGGCGCCGUACAUUCUCUCGCGGGCAGCGAGGGACGACGGGGUAGUCGGGGGCGUGUACCUGCGGCUGUUCCCCCCGGCGGCGGUGCUGAGCGAGGCGGAGAUCGUGAGCGUCAACGGGGCGGGCGACACGCUGCUGGGGGUGGUGGUGACGGGGCUGGCGCGGGGGCGGGCGAUCGAAGAGGUGAUCCCUACGGCGCAGGAGGCCAGUCUACUGACGCUGCAGCACGCGGGGGGGGUGAGCCGGGAGAUAGGCAGAUUGGCAUUGUAG